UUAUCUGUAACCAGGAUAACGCUACCCAACGAUCGUUAGUUGCUGUCGGAUAUAUUCAAGAUAUUUGAAAAUUUAAAAAGGGUCGUAAGAAAAGCAUAGUGAUAUAUAACUGUAUCUACAAGACGAUCAGAAGUUGAUGCGAUAUUGGAAUCGGAAUGGCUCGAAACUUGCAAGUGUAAACAAAGUAUUUCCAGUAGUCUACAGAUCACUUUGAAUUUGUUAGAGAGUCUUGUUGAGAGGAAAGAAGAAGGACAAGAUAACCUGGUAAAGAUUCCAAAGGUGAACACCUCCACAUAUGUCCAGUUUAUUUGAGAUCAACCUUACAGUUGGGAUGGAAAGGCCUGUGAAGUUGUGAAAUACUUGCAAAAUUCCAGACAGUUUCCCGGAGGAUUCUGACACAGUUGUUAGUGUGUGAUAUAAAGUGUCGGUUAUAUAAUAAAACAUCAUCAUGGGUAAAAACAUGUUAAAUAUCACCCGAUCCAAGCCAAAGUAUGAUGACGAGGUGAAGAUAGAAAGCAUCCACUUUGAGGACAAGUCGUCCAAACCAAUCAAAAUGGUCCGCCUCGUUCUGAUCCUGCUCCUCGUCAUAGUGCUGAUUGGCAGUCUGGCAGUAUUUUCAGUUGGAGUACUGACCCAUGAGGUGGAGUAUGGCAGUAAACAGAUUUCUGACCUCAUUGGAGUGGCUAUGUACCAGGUGGAUUCCAUCAUGAUGAUUGGUGUUGGCAUGGCAGCAUUCCUCAUCACCAUCCUUGGCCUGAUCGCUAUCCUGAAAAAUCAAAGAUGUCUUCUGGGAUUGCAUUUAGUUAUCCUGGCAUUCCUGUCAAUCAUGUUGUUUGUUGGAGGUGUCCUGGGAUACAUCUUCAUCGCUGAGCUGGAGGACACAGUAGAACGGAAUUUUGAAAAUAGUAUCAAGAAGUACUACGGUGUGAAUCUUAAUGUGGGAAAGAACAGGGAUAUCACAUCGGCCUGGGACAAUGUACAGAGUACCUUUGGCUGCUGUGGUGCCUACGGUAAUAUCAACAGCACCACUUCCUGGGCUAUCUACAAGAAGCAUUCCUUCUGGUACCUAGAUGGAAUCGCCAAUGGUAGUAUGGUGCCUGCGAGUUGCUGUGGAGAAGGGGACCUUUUUAAGUGUAUGGGGAGAGCCAAUGCUACAGCUAGUCCUGAUGCCCCACCUUACGUUGGUCCUCCAUCCCCGAAUGUCGGCUCCGUAGGGUACUCGCUGUACACAGAGGGUUGUUAUGACAAACUACACUCGUACCUGGUACAGAACGGUAUCCUCAUCGGCACAGUGGCCAUAGUGGUGGCGGUCUUCAUGUUCAUACAGAUGUCGCUGAGUAUCUUCCUGCACAGAAAAAUGAAGUACAUGCACUAAUAAGAUACUUCCCAAGAACAAGUUCUAGCUAUCUGUGAUCUGUGUUAUUGACUCACCUAGCCCCUGGGCUGGAGUGAGCUAGUGUUAUUGAUUCACCUAGCCCCUGGGCUGGAGUGAGCUAGUGUUGUUGACUCACCUAGACCCUGAGCUGGAGUGAGCUAGUGUUAUUGACUCACCUAGACCCUGGGCUGGAACAAGCUAGUGUUAUUGACUCACCUAGACCCUGAGCUGGAGUGAGCUAGUGUUAUUGACUCACCUAGAACCUGGGCUGGAGUAAGUAAGUGUACCCUGGCACAAUGUCUGUUGUCCAUUAUUGUGUCAGUAAUUUAGCACACCCAAACUCACACUAUAGAGUAUAUGUAUUGUAUUUAGAUAAUCUGAAACUCUCCUUAGCUUUAAAGAAAGAAGAUAUCUAUGUAGCCAGCUAUAAUAUACUGACGUUGUUAGAAGGUUUAGAGUUUCUAUAAUACAAAACUGACCUUGUGUUUUACCAGGUGAGCUAUUCAGGCCUUUAAGGCCAUCUUUCGUUGGUGUUACUUUUUCUGUUUGCAUUGACAAUUUGGCACCAGUAUCAUAAUCUGUAUGUAUUAAAUAUCAAAUAAGGAAAACAAAUACUCAGACCAUGGAAAUAAUGUCUGUUUUGAUAUAAGACCAUGGAAAUAAUGUCUGUUUUGAUAUUUUGACAGGGACAGUGUUUUGUAAUUAUAACGAACAUUUGUAACUGGUAUGAAAGAUAUCAUAAUAUUUUUAAUUAAGACAGUAUUAUUUUUCAUUUGUAAAGUGAAGAUUUACCGAUAUGUCUAUAGAAAAUAUUUCAUAUAUGCAACACUAUAUAUAUUGAAAUCAAUGAGGCAAAAAAUAUUGAUGUUAAAGAUAUAUGCUACCUUUUAUGAUGCAUCCUCUUUGCUAAGGUGUUUACUGAGAAGAUACAAUUAACAGAAUUUAGUAUUGAUUAAUUGUGAGCAUUGGUGAUAUUAUUUUCUUAAUUUUCAUCUGAGCAUGCAAAAAAUAUUUUGUAAAUUGUAAGAAUCUGUGCUUUGCAGGUGCAAAUAAUUCUUUCCCUAUUACUUUAAAGAGGAAUUUGUUAAAAAAAUGAUCUACUAAUUAUGCUAUUUAUUUAACCCUUGAUUCUUUAAUUUAUGAAUUCAAUUGAAUAUUUUUAUAGUCAGUUUCAUUUUAAAGUCCAGUUCAUAUAUACCAGAAUACAUGUAUUUUAUCUUUGUUGAAAUGAUCUUGUAAUUUAUUUUGUAUCGUAGAUCAACUGCUUAUGACCUAGUCUAGGAGUUGUACUUGCAAUAUUAUGGUCACCAUAACUGGAAAAUGAUUGAUUGAUACAUGUUGGGGUUACGUCUUUCAAGCUUCAUUAGGACAGCGACACUUAAAACAAAGAGUUUAUGCGACCUCAUUGUGACAUGUACCCUCUUUACACAGAGUUUAUGCGACCUCAUUGUGACAUGUACCGUCUAUACAAAGAGUUCCUUGCUGAAGAAAGCCUUUAGACAUCUUUGAUGGAACCUAAAUACUUCAAUACUUGACUCAUUUGAUAUUUUUUUUACAAUUUUGUUGACUUAUUGGAAAGAAAGGAUUGAGGAAGGAUUGAGACACAUUUCAAAGGUAUACAAAAUAUAUGGUUUCGCUCAGACAAGACCUAAUAUUCUAAUAGAUGUUAACUCCGACACCACAAAUGUACAGGUAACAAACCUCUACGUAUAGAGCCAUUCUUAAUUUUACAUUGGAAUCAUUGAUGCUUUUUGAAUUAUUAGGAGAAACAUGUAUAUAUGAAGUACAUAGAUUCUGAUGCUCCGAAAUAUUCUUAUUGGAUUAAAAGCUUCAAAUAAUAAGAAACUGAAAGAAUGAUUAAUUUUAAGUUUGACCUACACAUAUGAAGCUUAUUAGAAUUGACUCCAUUUGAUGUUGUUUGUGGUCAUUCACAAUUUGAUUCACGCUUUUUUGAACUUGGUUCUUGUGUUUAUUUUUAGCAAUAUUGAAAUUGUUUUUCGAAAUUUCUAAAACAGACUUUAGAUUAGAUUUCGGAACUAUGAUUAAGAUCUAAAUUGUUGUUGAUAUUAAUUGAACAUUUUAAACAAAAAAGUUGAAUGUUUAUAUUUAAAUAUUUCUAUUUAAUGUAAAGAGCAUUCCCAAAUUAACAUUGACUUGACAUACAAAGAAGAUUCUUUAAAAGAUCUCUAUAUAUAUAUAGCGAUAAAUAGUUUUAAAUGUCCAUGUGAAGGUAAAAAUAUAAAUAAAACAAAACACGAAGACUAGUAUAAUCGGCUAGCACUUUCGCCCAUCUUGGGGCUCUUAAUUGUAUCUGUCUCAAAUCACCUGAAGAGCCCGAAGAUGGGCGAAAGCGCUAGCCGAUUAUACUAAUCUCCUUGUUUUGUUUUAUUUAUAUAUAUAUAAACCUUGUAAAAAGAAUAUGUAUUGAUGUUAUUGAAAUAUUUACAAUAGAUUCAUGAAAAAUAGAGUUUAUUUUUAACAGAACAUAUUUAUUCUAAAAGAAAGUAUUAGAUGAUUUUUUAAAAAUUAUUUAAAUGUACAUCCUGAGUAUUUUCAUCCCAUAAUUUUCAGUUUUUCUUUUCCAGAAUAGGCAUCACUAGUGAAAAUUGAUCUUCAUAAUCGGUGCAUAAUAAUGUUGAUUUUAUAUUUACCUGUAUUUCAACUUUGUUAAAUUUAUUUAAUAACUUUUAUUCCAAGAACAAAAAAUAUUGUUUCUCCUUAAAAUAACUGAAAUAGUUAAAAGCUUCCACUACUGGGUAAUGUUAUAAAGAUUCAAUAACUGUAUAAAACGGCCUAACAGGCCUUGUUAGCGAGUUGUUAUAUAGAAUCAAUAGUCAGUUCACAAGUCACCACCUCCGUCCAUAAACCAUGGUUUUUAGCAUCAGCUAUCAGCAAUAAACAGAGACAUCCAGGGAAAUGAACAAAUACAUUCAGAGAAACUGCUUUUUAAAGAUUUGACUUUCUUGCAUUAAUCGUUGAAGUGGAUGUUUCCUCGUCCCAAACAAUUCGAUCAAGCUUUAAUAAAAAAAAACAACACUCAAUUUCACCUUUAUUUUCAUCAAGAUUUAAACCUUUUACCAGCUAGUGAUACAAAAUUGUUAAGAGAUUUAUUUUUUCCCUACAUAUUUUAGUAAAAAAAUAAUUUUGUUUGCAUUCAAACUGUGUGAUGUGCUGUUUCUCACCUCGCAAUUGUUAAAUCAGCAUUGUUUGUUUUUUUAUGUUAUCUGUCUCUCAUCAUUUAUAAAAUAUAUAUGGAAUGUUACAUGGAAAAUUUGAAA